UCACGGCUCGCCAAAUAUUAUAGCAAAAAGUAUCCAUAUCGUAGGAUUUCAGUUUGCAGCUUGCAUUUUGCUCCUACGUGUGAGGUAUAAGGCGGCCCUAGCGGGGUUAGUGAUACGGUUCAAUCUUCGCUAGCUAAUUUGGUUAGCCAUGCUAACGCUAGCUAGUUAGCUUUGUUUACAUCAAGUGCGCGCCUGGGAACUGUUAGCUGAUUUCUAACCAAACAAAUUAGUGAUCUUAGCAGCAGCUCGGCAUUCAGUUGAACGUCGAUGAGGAGACAGCGCUGGAUAGCAAACUGGCUCUAUGGCUAUCAUCGACCACCUCUUCUGUAAAUCGUUUGGCUGAUGUAGUAAGCUAACGUUAGCAGCAUGAUGCUAACCUUUUGAUCAUGGGUCUUUUGAUCAUUUGAUUCAGCGUUAGCCCUUUGGCUGUCUUGGGGGUAAUUAUAAGAUAGGGUCUAAUUGGUCCCCAUAAACGGAGACUUUAUUUGCGAUCUGAAAGAGCUCGUCGGUGAAAAGCAGCGACUUCGAACCGGCGAUGCUAACUUUAGCUAGCCACCUGCCGAACUAGCUAACGUUGUGCGCGUUUAGUGAGAACCGCUUCACCAUGGACGUUGUCUCAUAUUGUGUCUGUAAUUAAAUCACAACGAAUUUCUGCUUCGACACACUGGAGUGACUGAUAUUUGCACCGCCAGGCCAGUAUAUAUUUCUCCUCAUCAUCCUGAGACUUGGCUGCCUUCAACUCCGUCUUGUGGAGCUAGCGGCUGGAUUUUUUUCUACCCCUGGACCCUGUUUCCCUGAGGCUGCGGAGUACACCGCUAUGAACCCCGUCAAUGCAACCGCUCUGUACGUGUCCGCCAGCCGGGCCGUGCUGCAGUGCGACCCGAGGAAGCCUCACACCUUCGCAGAGAUGUACAAGCUACUGCCCUUCUUCAGACAGUCCCUCGCAUGUCUUGUCUGUGGUAAACUGCUCCAGGAUCCCAUCUCCCCAACACAUCCAGAGUGUCAGCAUUAUGUUUGCUUGGGCUGUAAAGGCCAGAAGAUGCAGAUCAGGCUAACGUGCAGCCGCUGUAAGGACUAUUCCUGCUUCCAGGAGAACAAACAGCUCUCUUUACUGGUGCAGUGCUACAGGAAGCUCUGCCUCUAUCUAACUCAUUCACCGUUGCUGCAGUCAAUCAGCAGCCAUGUAGGAGGGUCUCCAGAGGUUAUGGCCUUGCUAGAGGAGGUGCUAAUGUCACACAAAGAAGAGACAGACGACCUGAGCCUAGCACAGGAAGAUGUGAAUCCUUCUGGCCCUGAGUCCCUCACCCCCACAGAGGCACCACCUGCUCCUGCAGAGCUCUCAGCUGUACCCCAGAGCGCCUCCUCUGAUCCGCCGUGUUCCAAUGGACCGCAGGAAUGCAACGGAGAAGUGCUGGAGGACCUAGAUCCCUCUUCUCCUGAGCUGGAAGUGUGUGAGCUGGUAGAGGAGCAGCCGCAGGCAGGCCUGUCUGUAUCCAAUACUGCUUGUGGUGGUUUGGAACUGAGUCUGACCACUGGACCUUUAGCCCCAACACCAGGCACUGUGUGCUCACUCAGGGAUGGGGAAUCUAGUAGCAGGGAGCUGGAGGAGGGGGAAGUCUUGCUUCUCAGCGUGGAGGAGGUGUUACAGACAUUGGAUCCCCUUCAGCCUGGCCGAGACUCUCUUCAUACACAAGAACGGACACACACUCACACACACAUAGCCACGGACAGAGCUCACACUCAGAUGUACAUACAGUUGGAUGCAGCUCACAACUACACACAGAUUCAAACAGGCAGGACUAACACAUUGGCAGGCCAUGGUGCUCACAUACACACAUCCUCUUUUGAGCCUCCUCCAACCUCCAAGCCCCCACCAGUCCGCCUUAACAGAAAACGAUCUCGUUCAGAGAGUGACAGAGAAAAGGUGAAACCUCUCCCUAUAGCCUCCAUCCUGCAGGGCUCCCCCUCAAAUGUACACACUCCAAACCCCUCUCACACACUACACACACAACCACCCGCACCCUCCAUAACUGUACCAGCGCACACAUACUCGUCGCUGCCCAACGGGGUACCUCCCAAGCCCAGUCGCCCUGUGCCGAAUCACAAUAAAGGAGCCAGGAAACAUGUGGAUCCGACCCCUAAGAAGCCCCACGCCAAGGCCCGCAGUGGUGGAGGCUCCAAGACCAAGGACCGAAGCAAAGACCAGCGGUUGAUGGCGGGCUGCGUGGUGCCCCCAGCGCCCGUCAGGCCUCCGUACAAGAAGCCAGUGGAGAAGAAGGGCUGUAAAUGUGGCCGGGCCACCCAGAAUCCUUCUGUGUUGACCUGCAGGGGGCAGCGCUGUCCCUGCUACUCAAACCGCAAGGCAUGCUUGGAUUGUAUUUGUCGAGGUUGCCAGAACUCCUACAUGGCCAACGGUGAGAAGAAGCUCGAGGCCUUCGCUGUGCCAGAGAAGGCCUUAGAACAGACACGACUUACACUUGGCAUCAACCUCACCAGCAUCACAGCGGCUGCGGCGCUCCGCAACCCGGCAACCACCAGCAUCCGCACUAACACCCUCCUCAACGUCGCUACAGCUACAGGGACCCCCGUGACCACGGCCUUCCUGUCCCCCAGCCCCCCACAAGAGCCCAACUAUGAGGACAGCCUGGAGCUGCUGAUUGGAUGAGAGGCUGGGACUCCAAAAAUAGACAGCUUGGUGCUGAUUGAAUGUGACGGCUGAUAGUUGUGUCUGUCAGACAACCUGCACCUCCCCACCUGAGGGGAGGCAACCUAAGGCAGCUAUAGGUCUGUUCUGUCCUGUAACCUGCUCUUCUUCUGUGUUGGAAAAACGCUGAGUAGUAAGACUAGCAUGGGUGUGCCAAAGCCUCCUGUAUUGUGCCUGUGUGCCGGUGUGUAUUGUUGCCUGUCUGUAGUUAAACACUUAUACUCGGUUCCAAGGCUGUUCCGUACUUCACAGGUGCUUUUUUUUUUUUUUUUCUCGUUCAUAGACCGCAGACAUACUGUAAGAGGCAAUAGAAACCCAUACCAGGUUUUGUGUUUGUGUGUGCAAACAACUAUAGAUUCAAGUAUGUAUGCGAUUUUUUAUUUUUUUUUUUAGUUCGUUUCACAUUUGGUGCAUGAUGACAACAAUGACAUCAUCAUUGUCAUCAUUUUAAGGUUACAGCAUUUUCCACGUUUUGAAGUUUGUUCAAGAAAAUGCAUAAUUGGUAUCAGGACAGCCCUUACUAACCCUUAACUCUGUAUGUGCUCACACCUUAAUUGUGAAUGACUCUUGUGACUAAUCUUUGGAGAUCAUCUGUCUCACACAAGACUGUAUGCCUUUUCUAUCUCAUUAAUUCACUUAAUCCAAGUACUGUCGGCUGUUAAUGAAUUUGUCUUAAUGAACUUGACUGAUGCAGGCAUUGUACAGGCAGCGAGAUAAUGUCAAAGCACUUGGCUGGCUCCACGGUUUGUGUGCGUGAGUGCGUGUGUGCGCGAGUGUGUGUGUGUGUGUGUGUGUGUGUAUGCGCCUGCUGAGAUUUACUGUAAUGUCAGUGGGGAGGCGGAUGGUGGGUUGUAAGCACUUAGUCUGAUUGAUUGGCCAAAUUACAACUAAAACCAUUCUUGGUUACCAUAGCAAUAGGAGCGCCAACAAGGAGCCUCCCAGCUCCCGUGCACACACAGUUGUUUACAGUAUUGCCGUUGUUGACUAUAACUGACUGUCUUCAAAACGAAUAUACCGCUAUGUUUUGAUUAUGGGAUUGUACAUGACUCUCUGUGUGUGUAUAGAUUAACUGAAGCCAUAGGUUGUCAUUAACAAGACAAAAUAUCCUCUGUGUGUGCAUCUCCCCCCCACCCCACCCCACCCCACCACUCCCACCUCCACAGUUGUAGUGUCCCGACUGAUCAGAGACCAACUCAAGAGACUAUUUUUGAUACCAAGUGUUUUGAGAUUUGGUACCACUGUUUUUUUUUGGUUUUUUUUUUGGUUAAAUCACAAUGAAGCCCUCCUAUUACUCACGAGGCUGCGUGUUGUCCGUGUUUGUGUUUACUGUCUCAGCUGUAACUACAAUAUGUUUGUCAGUCCAGUCAUGGCGACCAAAAACAGACUGAAAAGAGAGAGAGAGAGAGGACUCAGGCUGACCAAACAAACACCUUGGUUCUCCGCUCAUAGACCAGGAAGUAGCAGGUGGAUUACAGUAUGAUCAGCAAAUAUGAUCUAUCUUCCUCUGUGCGUGUGUAUGUUUCAAAAUGUAUUUCUUUUGGGCAUUACUUGAACCCUGAUUAGUUUUUGGUAUUGUUUUUUUUUUUUUUUUUUUAAUGUAAAGACUCUUGUUUGAGGAGUGACUAUUAUUGCUGAAACAUUCACUGCCAUAUUAUGGAAACAUGUAAUACAACAUGAAUUAAAUGAUAGUUUUUUACUUUUU